AUGGUUCAGUGUCCUCGUGAAGAACGCCAUGAUGUCACUGCAUCGAGCGAAUAUAUUAAUCUUAAUCAAAAGGCUGGACGAAAACUAUUUUCUGCCUGUCACCAAACAAGAGAUGGAAAUUCGAUCGAGAUUCGACAAGCUAAUCGAAACCUGAUUGAUGACACAUAUGACAAGAAUGACAUGGCAAUAUUUGUUCUUUCAUUAUUUCUCAGGUCGUCUUCAAAGGCAUAUACUGCAAUACUGAUGUCCUGUUUGUCCUGCAUUAUUAUUACAGUAUUUGUCAUUGGUUUUACCAAAAGAAUGUUGAUUUGUCGAAUAUGGGUACCGUAUAACUACUCGUCUACAAGUUUGUACAUAGUUACGAGCAUGUAUGAAGGCAUGGGUGCCUGUUAUGGUAUUUCGGCAUCAAGUGCUUGCGAAUGCCUCUACACCGGGCUAUUACUGCACAUUUGCUGCCAAUUCGAGAUCCUCGAACAUCGUUUCAGAUCUCUGAACUCGAAUCCGAUUUACACGGCGAACCAUUGUGCUUCUCAUCAUCAUCUCAUAUACAAAUACGCAGAAGCUGUUAACGAGGAGUUCAGGGGAAUCAUGUCGUUUCAAUUUUUCAGCAGUAUGUCGAUACUAUGUCUUACCAUUUACCAUUUGGCUUAUGCAGAAAAUUCUGCAGCGUUCAUGGCGACAGGGUUAUACAUGACGUGCGUGCUUUGCCAGAUGUUUUAUUACUGUUUUUACGGCGAUAUGGUUAAGACAAAGAGUAUCGAAUUUAUUGACAAACUAUUCCAAAGCGGGUGGGCAUCGUGGAAUGGCAGCUCCAAGAUGGUUCUCCUAAUGGUUAUGCGACGUUCGAGAACACCUAUCGAAUUUACCAGCAUGCACAUUGUUACCUUAAAUCUCGAGUCUUUUAUGUCGCUGCUGAGAACGUCUUACUCCGCGUUUAACCUCAUGUCGAGUACUCGAUAA